CAGCAAUCAUGACCACCGGUGCUAUUCAGAUUGCAGCCCUUGGACGUCCGUUACACCCAGGAAUGCUGUAUGACUGUCGUAACGACGGCUUCAUUGCAGGAGUCACAUUUUGGGAUGCUGAAGAUAUUGAAAAGAACAUGAGUGUGCAUGAACAGAACCAAUCAAAAUCUCACAUCACUGCCUCUGACUCUCUUAGUAAGAAGUCCAGCCUCUUGGACGUAAGCGCCUCCCUGAAGGCAAGCUUCUUAGCGGGCCUGGUUGAGAUAGGAGGGUCGGCAAAGUAUCUCAAAGACACAGUGACCACAGAAAUGGCAGUGGAGAAAAUCCAGUGCACCUUUUAUGGUGAUGUCAUACUGAAAGAAAAUCCAACUACCUACCUGGAAGCAGUGAAAGUGUAUAAAGACCUGCCAAAGCUUCUAGAACAUAGAGCACAGAAGGCUGUUCCAGUGACAGUGUGGCUCUACCCUCUGAAAUACUUUGAUAAUAAGGCAGCCAAGUUAGUGCAGGAGAUCAGUGAGAACUUGAUUAUAGAGUUGGACACCAUUCUGGAAGACCUUCAGAGUGCUACCGCCACAGUCAAUGAGUUGCUGCAAAUCAGUUUGAAUAUUCAAGCUACUGAUAUACAGGACAAACUGAAAACAUUUCAAGACAUGCUUAGGCAAUACCAGAUAACUGUCCAGAAAAAUGUGUCAGAGAUCAUACCAAGUAUCCGUAAUGGAAAGAUGGAUGAAAAUAAGUUGGUGCCAAUUCUGGAAUCCCACUAUAACUCACCUUUUACAGCAAAAAUAAUGAGUAAAUGGCUGGAAAAAAAGAGAAGUGAACUUGAGGUGCUCAGAUCUUACAUUGAUACCUUUGAAAAUCAGAAAAAUAUCCAAAUAGUGUCUCCCACACAAUACAAUGGAUUAAUUUUCAGCCCAGACAAUGAGUCAGUCGUUGCAUUUGUCUUCACUUCCCUGAAAUAUGAAGAGCCAUACAUUUUGUAUCUUACAAAAUGUCUCAAUUCUAAGGAGUUUAUGAAUAAAAAGAAAUUUGUUGAGGAUGAGGCGUCAACACCCUGGUUUUUGACACCUGACAUAUCACAGACCAUGAGAGAAAACUAUGAACUUUUUAAACAAUUUUCAGAUGCCAACAAAGAAGAAGAGAAAAGCAAAUUUGUCAUCACCUACAUCUCUGACCUCAGUCAUCCUGGGGCCUCCAUUUAUCUCCAUCGAGAAGGGAAGCUGGUGGAUAGCCAGUACAAACCCAUAUUAAAACCAGAUGCACCUCUAAUACUUGACAUAGGAUCCAGCAGUAUAACCCUGAAACUGCAGGCAUCUCCAGCCUCAAAGCCAAUGCGUUUCAGAGUAGAGAUCAAGGAGAAAAAUGGAGGGCAAGACUGGAGGAUUAUAGACACACAAGAAAAUCAAGAGAACUGGAUCAUUUCAGGGCUGCAGCCAGACACUGUGUACCUUCUUAGGUACAGAGCAGUCGAUGCUGGUGGAGUCAGUGAGCCCAGUAAUGAUGUGACGAUUCAUACCAAAGGCAGGACCAUAGCCUUCAGUGCCAAACUCCAGCUCUGCGAAAGAUGUCCCAGUGACGAUCAGCCCAUAAAGUUCACCACAGUGCUCACCAAUGAGGGAGAAGGUUACAGCCCUGAGACUGGCAUCUUCACCUGCCCAGAGCCUGGAUUUUACUACAUUACAGUGCAUGCAGCAGAAUAUAAUACAUCACAGUAUGGCAUCUUCAAGAACAUGGAGAAACUGGUCUCAUCUUAUCAUAAAGCAGGAGAUACAACAGUGACAUGUGGCAUUGUAAUGCAGUUGACUAAGACUGACAAGGUGUUUGUUAAAAUUUGGGGUUCAGACAGGAACAACAUGUAUGCCUCUGUGGAUAAUGAUGCAGUGUUUGCAGGUUUCCGUCUGUCUUAAGACUUUGGAGAAAAAAAUAUUCAUUGGCAGUAUAGGUGGAGCUUAGUGGGUUGUGAUGUCAUAAGGGGGGGGGGCUUAUAUGGUGUUCCUUGACAACCACAAUAAGUAGGUCAUCCAUCCCCCAACCCCCCCAUACACAUCCCCAUUAUUGCAAACACCAGCCGCAAAUAGGUGAAUAUUUUUUAAAAGAGUAAUAAAAGCCAUUUAACAAAUAAGUUUUAAGACAUAAAAAACUUUUGCAGUGUUUAUUAAUGUGUAAUAUUAAAUUAGUAUAAAAUGCUCAAUUUCAAAUUAGAAUUACACAUUUAGCCAAUAUGGAAUAUUACUUAGCACUUUAUAACACAGAGAAUGUAAUCAUUACGAUAUUAUUAAGAAGAUGUAACCAGAAGAAGUUAAUGUAAUCCGUAGAAAGUAUGAUCUUGUAAGCCAUAUGAAAAUGUACACUAAUUACUGCUGCCCGACUAAUCAAAAUAAGCUUGUAUCUGUACCUAGUGUUAGCCUCGAUAUUCUGUAUCUUAUUUUAGCCCUGAUUGUAUGAAUAUAUAUGUACCGUAUGUGAAUACAGUAAAAGACUACACAAUUCUA